AUGGGCAUCUCAUUUUCUACCCUGGCCGGAUGGGUCGCCAUCAUCUGCGUUGCCGGCUUCUACACCUACAACUACAAAGAGCAGCAGAAGAAGCGUGAGCUUGCUCGCAAGCCCUCGCAGCGACACAAGUUGGAGGAGAAGCCGCAAGAGACACGCAAGGAACCCAAAGAGAAGGCUAAGAAGCAGCGAACAGAAACACCAAGCAAAAUCGUCGAGGAGCCAGAGAAGGUACAGAAGCCCAAGCAAAAGGCAGCCAAGGCCAAGGCCAAGGCUGCCCCCGCCCCCAAAGCUGCACCUAAGGCUGCUCCCAAGGCCGCCCCUGUGCCCACCACCACCAAGCCCGCAAGCUACAGCUCGGAUGAGGAUGAUGGUAUCGACAACCGCGAGUUCGCCCGCCAGUUCGCCAACAUCAAGCAGGGCACCGUCCUCAGCACGAAGAAGCAGGACGAGAAGCGUCAGAAGUCGGUGAAGCAGUCCCGUGCCCUCGAGCGUGAGGUCCAGGCCGAGCCUCAACAGGCUGCCCCCAAGGGUGUUUCUGCCCCCUCUUCUACUACCGGCGUCGAUGCCGAUGACGACGAGUCCUCGGUCGCCUCCCCGGAGGUCAAGGCCCAGGACGCCGGUGACGUCAGCGAUAUGCUCGAACCCACGACCUCGGGCCCUUCGGUCCUCCGCCUUACCGAUACCGAUAAGGUAAAGCAGAAGAAGGCAAAGAAGGAGAAGCCUCUGGAGAAGGUCGAAACCAAGAAGCAACGCCAGAACCGCAAGAAGGCCGAGGCCGAGAAGGCUGCCCGCGAAGAGGCUGAGAAGGCCCGCCAGGUGCUGCUCGAGAAGCAGAGGAGGGAGGCCCGCAUCGCCGAAGGCCGUGCUGCCAAGGAUGGCUCUGCCUUCAUGGCCGCUCAGGCUGCCAAGUCAUCUGCUUGGACUGGCAAUGGCGCGAACGGUAGCUCCCACAGCGAUAGCGGUGCCGAGAACAACGGGUUCGUCUCUGUUGAGCCCUUGGACACCUUCAGCAGCAGCACUCCCGCUGCCGCCCAGCCGGCCAAGGCCCCUGCUCCCGAGGCCAAGAAGCCUCAGACCUGGAUGUCGUCUCUGCCCACUGAGGAGGAGCAGAUGCAGCUCCUCCGUGACGAGGAGGCCUGGAAUACCGUCCAGACCAAGAAGUCCAAGUCCAAGAAGAACAAGGCCUCCGCCACCGAUAGUGCCAAUGAGUCCGAGUCCGCGGCGGCCAAGCCUCAAGAGGCUUCUACCCCGGUUGCCACCAAGCCUCAGGCUGUUAACGGCAACAAGUCGUCCAAGAUCGUCUACCAGCAACAAACGUUUGGCUUUUCUGAAGAACCACGUGGGCUGGGCGAGGAGUCUUAUGUAUGUAUAUUAACAUUGUCUACUCACGGCGGUAUGGUGGGCACGGUUUUCGUGUCGAGCUUCGGUCCUUUUCAUCACCGAGGUACGGCCUACGUAAACCGAGCAACCUAA